AUGAAUGAUCAAAGGCAUGGAGCAGUUACCAUAGGGCGAGUAAUCAUGGACCAGCUACCAAACUCUCAUCCACAUCAGGAAGUCUCUGGGCUGAAAAUGACUGAGAUCAUCAUCAUCAUCAUUACUAGGAGGAGAGGAGCGCGGCCGGCCGCGGCACCCGCUGACCGCCUCUCCCCACAGGCGAGGCCCGGGCGCGUCCCGCCGCCCCCAGCGCGGGGCGGGGAGGGCGGCCGGCGGAAGCGGACCACCUUCAGCAAGGCCCAGCUGGAGCUGCUGGUCCGCGCCUUCGAGAAGGAGCCCUACCCCGGCAUCGCCCUGCGGGAGCAGCUCUCCGGCCUCACCGACAUCCCCGAGUCCAGGAUCCAGGUGUGGUUUCAGAACAGGAGAGCCCGGCAGCUGAACCACAGGAAGACCCAAGCCGCCGCCUACCCCAAGCCGGCCUGUGGCAAGCAAAAGCCGACCCGCUGCGGUGGCGGCUGCCAGGAGAGGUCCCGGACGACGCAGGGUCUUGGGCCAGACCAGAGCCCCCUCCAUCCGCAGCCCGGCCUACCGGCAGGAAACCAGAGUUUCUCUGGUCAGCCGUCGCCCUACUCGGGGCAGCCGUGCUCAAGGUUCGAUACUCGCUUCAGGAGCUUGGAUAACGCUUUUGGAGCCCCAGGUCAGACCCCAGCUCACUUCGGUUUGGACUACGUGGGAAAAGGGGUCCCGCUCGGUGCGGGAAGCGUGGGGAGUUCCCCCCAGCUCUCGCUCCCUGGGCAGCAGGCGCAGGAAUACCCAUACCUGAAGAAAUCUUCCCCUGAAAGCUACUACUCAGAUGCAGGUGUUUUCCAGUCUUGUCUAGAAGAUCACCAGUACCUGGCAGCUAAAGAGAACGCGUAUAGGAGGCCAGUCUUAAACUAUGUAAAUGCUAACCAGGGCAUGGGCGAUGAGAACUAUUUGUAUAUCAAGUCAAACACUUCUCCCUUUGGGAAGGGCUCUGCUUUCAUUUAUGGUGAAGGGGAAUCUAAGCUUGAGCUCGAGCAGAUGAGGCACAGUUCACCUCUGGUUGUGGCCAGUCAUGCUAGUCCUCCUUUGGUACUUCCAAAACAUGAAGGGGGGUAUCAAGGGACGCUUGCCACUCCAGCCCCAUCGUAUGGGCAGCAGCUGCUGGAGACAGUAAAUGACUGUGACCCUCAUUGGCUGGGUGUGAGAAAUGAAAUUUUGGGAACUGGGUUAGAUUCGCUGUUUGAAAAUGAGCAAAAUGGGGAGCAAGGUGGGCCCAAAAGUUAUCUUUUUGCUUUUGGUGGCCAGAGUUCAAUCUGUCCUUUGGGUCACACGUGAAACCGACAGUGGGUCUGCUUGCCUGAUGGAAAAAUUCGUGUGGUUUUUCUGUUUGAUUGGCAGCGUUGUCCAAAGUGGCUAGAGGUUUUGCAGGCCUAAGAGUGGAGUGCUUGCUGUGAGUUUUGUGUGCUGUCUCGAAGGGGAAGGAAGAUAAACAAAGUUCGCAAGGGCUGUGGGAGAGUAACCCGCUGAAUGUGUGCUGCCUCCCCGCCCCAUCCUGCGGGAACUGUCACCAAGCUGCUUGCAGUAUUCCUGCAUGCGUUUGGUUAUCAGCAGCAUCACGUUAACUUGCACGUACAGACCGAUCUUCUUCGCAAAUACAUCAGUACUGAAGGUUUACUCUUUCUAUGUUCAGACUGUGCUGGAUUAAUUCUGCCAGGAGGCUUGGGACUAUGGCAUUGGUUUAGUGACCUUAGCGCUCUGAGGUUUGUUUCUAUUCUGGCCAGAAUUCACUUAAGAAAUCUGUAGAAAACAGACUUAUUUAUAGUUUUUAGUGGAGAAAGCGUUAACGUGAGACGGGGGUAUAAGCACAAGAAAAGCAGCCUUGGUGGUGGCAGGGGAUGGCUCACUGGGUGUGUUUGCAUUUUAGGUGUGCUCCUGAUAAAGAACACUGCUGGUCUUUUCCUAGAUACUGAAUGUAUAGUGUUUUCAUUUAAAAAUGACCACAUGUGUAGCCUUUUAAAAGGCAAUAUUUCUGUGAUUUCCUUUUGUAUAAUUUUUUUCAAAUUGUCUUUUAUUUUCAAAUUGUAGUUUUCUAUUUGCCAAAUGAAGGUUUACUACUUGGGUGAUAAUGAACUUGUAGAACUGCACUCACAGGAAAAAAAAAAAAAUUGUGUUCCAUCUUUGCAUUCGCACAUUGAGCCUAUUUUUAGACUUCUCAAGAUCCACGGCCAUCUGGAAGACCACUGUAAUCAUGGAAGUGUUCUUCACGUGUAUCUCUGGAGAGCUGCCAUGGUUGUGUAUUAAGGCAAUAUCAGGCCUUGGAUGCUGAAAACUAUACAUGCAAAUCCUUUCUUGUGUCUAUAAAUGUGGCUCUGGAAUAUUUUAAGUAUGCCUAGAUUUUAAUACAUAUGUUACUAACUUAAUUAUUUUGUUUAUAGAAUAAAAGAAACUCUAGUAAA